CAAACUCAGCCUUUUUUAUAACAAGACAGAGAGGUAGAAGUCUUCAAAGUAUAUCUUGUGAUUGACUUAAUAACAAAAUCUUCAAACUCAUGGCAGGAAUCAGAAAUGCAAUCAAACAUAAUUAAAUCUAUCAUUAUAAUUUUGAUAAUUGUGGGUACCUUUGUAUUAAAUUGUCAAGGGAAUAAAUUUAAUGGCCAUAAUGCUUCAAAAGUUAAGAAAAAAGAGGUAAAACAAUAUUCUAUGGAAGGACAAUCUGGAGUAAAUCAUUUUCCUAUUCUUCCACACGAUAAAUCUAAACGUUCAAUACCAAAAGCUCAUCGAGGACAAUCUAAUCAUGUUAACACAGUGGCACUAGAUUUACCAUUAUCAUCAAGACGAGCUUUAAUGAAAAGAAGAGCACAUGGAGCAUUAAGAUUACCAAAAAUACAAAAGAAAAAUAAAAAAAGGUUAUCUAAAAUUAGAUCCGUACAUCAAAGUCAUCUUGUUUCUUCGCGUGGAAUAAAGUCUGGAAAAAAGACCCACAAGACAAAAUCAAAACACAAUAUUAGAUAUGAAAAAACUCAUCAACUAGAAAAACGAAGUCGAAUAAAAUAUGUUGAAAGAAAAAGUGAAAAGAAUAGAAAGAAAUUGGAUCUCAAAGUGGAUAAAUGCUCCAAUAAAAAAUUAUCAAUUGAGGAAAAAGAAAAAUGUAAAGCAAAACGACAUGGAUUGCAUCAUAGAUAGAUUGAGGAUAUUUAAAUUUUUGGGAAAUUAUUUGCUAAUACCUAAUGAAGAUUUUACAUACCUGGAGUUAGGUCGAUCUAGAGCAACUCGACAAGUUGAUCACU